AUGACGGUGUCUCGCAGCCGGUCGUGGGGGCCGCUGGUGCUCGGUGCAGCACUGGGAGUCGCGGGACUGAGCUACGCUGCAAUGAUACACAGUUCGUUGGCGACUCAGCAGGAAGUUAUCACCAAGAUGCAUCAGCAAAUGGAGACGAUGCAGUCCGCGGUGAUGACGCAAGCGGAAUUCCACAAGGACGGCAAGUUUCCAACCAAGUUUGCAGUGGAUUACGUUACGCCACUGAAGACGCAGGACGAGCGUGGCACGUGCUCGGACUUUGCAACUGUAGCUGUGCUGGAGAAUAGCUACCGUCAACAGGGAAUUGCUCAAGGAUGGCUACAGGAAGACGAGCUCUUGGCAUUAUCGGAGCAGGCGUACGGCGCAGAGGUUCUUCGUCUGUGCGCUGGUCCUCCUGGCUCGCCGCAACAAGUGGCGUGUCUGAUUCCUGGCAAUGAGAUCUGGAAGAACUCCACCGAGGGAGGCGAUGUCUCGGAGUUGAUGUACCUGAUGAAUGGGCUCAAGGACAGUAUCUUCCCGGACUCCAUCUGCCCGUACAUCCCCGACCCAGGGAACGACACGGUGUGUCCUGGUAUGACGCCUGAGGCACGUAAAACAAACCCGUUAAGUCUCACGAUCAACAAGAUGGAUACAUACUUCGAUCAAGUAUCUGUCAAGCGCGCUCUUGUAAAAGAUAAGCGAGCAAUGGCGAUUUCCACGGCCAUGCCGUACAUCACGCACUACUAUCCCUGCAUCGGCGAGCUUGCAGGACAAGAUCGUUGUAACCCGACGUCGACGGAGUGUACUCUUUGUCCACCCGAGUUAUCCAUGACGACGUGUUGUGUUCCUAUCGAAUACGGAGAGAACUACAACAUGAACGGUGAAUUCAUCACUAGUCACGUCAUGACACCAGAAGGAGGCCACGCUAUGACUUUGGUAGGCUACAACGAUCUCUACCGUACUAAACAGGGAUAUACGGGAGGAUUUAUACUGAAAAACUCGUGGUUUGAUGGCAUCCACCCUGCACUCGGACCCAAACACGCUCGAGGUAGUCACAGUCUCAAGUAUUGGCUACAGGAGAUCACAGAGUGGGAAGAAGCCAGCAUGUGUCCGAACAGCUACGACCCGGAGAACUGGUACCAGUGCGGCAACACAGCCGAGGUGAUCGAUGCAAGACGCCAUGGAGACCCCGGGAUGAACAUCCCGUUACCGAUCAAACGCUCGCCUACCGUUGGUGGAGGUGUGGAGUCGUGUCUGUCCGAGGAGACGGAGCUGUACGCGAGGGUGAGUCUACAGCCGCUGCAUUUGCGCUGCACAGACCCCAACUUCUGCGUCGUGAGUGAGGACUACACGUACUUUGUGCGCAACACGACGCAGUGGGGGGAUCGCAUGUUGCGUAUGUGUUUGUUCGAGUACAACAUGGCUACAAAGAACUCGACCGAGUUGUGUCUGUCUCCGAUGUUGGCGCAGAAGAUCGCGUACGUGUUGUCCCCCGUGCCAGACGAGGUGCGUGAGAACGACCCGGACGUCUGUGGGUUCUACUUCUACCCAUACGAAGUGCAGCAGCAAUACAAGUCAAAGUUCGGCAACUUCUACGUCAACAACUUCGAGAUCGAGUGGCACGCGCAGUCGUACGCCGCGAACAAGGCGUUCUACCCUGGCCUGGACUACAGCGACGUGGAGAAGUCGACUCGCAAACAGAACCAGUACGAGUUCGUGGGCCCAUUCCCAUUCGCCCGCAUCGUCGACAAGAAAGAUCUCCCUACUGUGAAUGAGGUGUAA